CUAUUUUAAACAGUUGUUUUAAAUAAAUGAAUAAUAAAAGAAUAAAAUAAAAUACUUAUGGAGGACGUACCAAAUAUUGACCAUAUAGAUGUUAACACUGUAUCCGAAGAAGUAACUAAAAUAUUUGGAAAAAACGGUAAAAAAAAAUUAAAAACGUUAGUGAAGAAUGAAAAAGUUUAUUCAAACAUUGAGAAGUUGAAAGAAGAUAUGGAAAUAUUAGCUGAUAAAUCAGCAUUUGAUGAACUGUUAACAGUUGAAAAAGCGUAUUUUGAAAAUUUCGAAUCUUUUAACUCAAACCACCGGAACGGACACAUGGUGUUGACGGAAUUCAAUGCAAUGUACUCAAGGAGUAAUAUGGCGACUAUGAAAUCCGUCCAUAGCAUAAACAAUGAUGAUAACGUUUAUCAAUACGAAGUACAACUUAAUUCUAAUGGGCCGAUGCGUAUAGGAUGGGCCACUCAAAAGUGUACGUUUACCGACGAACGGGGAGUAGGAGAAACAGAAAAUUCGUAUGGUUUCGAUGGUUAUCGUUUAGAAAAGUGGAGUAUGUCUAUUGCGAUGAUGUACGGUCGAAAAUGGAGAGUCGGAAAUAUAAUCGGUUGCACCAUUGACUUAAGACACAAGUCUAUGGAAUUUUUCAAUAACGGUCAAUCACUUGGUGUAGUAUCCGAAGAGUUAUCAAACGAAGGUGACUUGACGUAUUUUCCUGCAUUAACUCUUUCCGAAGAAGAAAAUGUGGUUGUUAAUUUGGGCGGAAGACCAUUUAAAUUUCCAGUGUUAAGAUCAAAACCUAUAAUUGAUAGUCCGAUAGUCCUAAUUGACUAUUUCAGACGACUUGAGAAAAAUAUGUUCGCUUUAAUCGAUAGCCAAAUCAGUUUAAAUAAAAUGAAUACGAAGAAUAGUUUAAAACACUACGAUAAAAUAAAAGUUAAUAAUGUUAUUAAAAAUAUAUUGUUUCGUCAAUUUGAACACUUAUUGAAGAAUCAAUUUAUUAUAGAUAGCUGUUUUAUAUUAUUCUUAAGUAAUUUGAACAAAAGAAGUCCUCAAAAGCUAAUAGUUUUUUUUGAACUUAUGUGGGAAAUCGUACCUAAAUAUAGAAUGGUUUCCAUCAUGAAUUAUUUAAUAUUUUGUCUGCUUUGUGAAUUUAAAUGUACGUGGAGGAAUCAGUUUGACGUAUCCCAUCAAUCAACGGUACUCAAACUUUUAACUGCAAUUUGUCAAGAAACCAACACUAGAAAAGAGACAAUUGUAAAUAUUUUUUUCGACAAGAUUAAAUUUGCUCACUUCUUGCAUAUUAUAUCUCCAUCCGAUGAAAUGCUCGAAAAAAUGAUACCACGUGUAUAUUGGAGUAUAGAAAAUGUGGAUUUGGCGGAAGAUAUGCAAAACAAAUUGGUAAAAAAUUUUCCUCAAGAUUAUAGGAAAUGUAAAGCGUCUUACAACGAAGCGAAUGAAAAAAUAAAAAAAAUAUUGAAUCAAUUAGAAAAACUUCAAAUAAUAUUUCUUAAAACCUUACUAAACGACAAUGAUCAAACAGACACAGUGGUGAGCUCCAGAGUUUUAUUUAGUAGAAGAUUUCAAAGUUUUACCCAAGAAAAUAUGAUUUAUUGGAGGGACUCGGGAAAAUAA